ACCCCGGGAAUGCCCAUCCCGCAGUAUCCGUACGGAGACAAUCCCGGCAUCACGCCGCAGGGGCCUCCGCCGCAGCCCCGAGCCCCCGAGGACACGUGGGGUCCCCCCAGCCUCUAUGGGGUGCAGCCGCCUUACGCCUGGUCUGCGGCUCCGGUGCAUGGGAACCCGUUCGUCUCUGAUCCGCACCCACCCUGGACCGGCAGCGGAGCUGUGUCCCACCCUCCCGCGUGGGACACAAAGGAUGCUGCUUACGACCAACGUGAUCAAAGCGCAAACCAGCACAGCUACUAUUCCGAUGUCCAUCACCAGCACGCUGCACACAUGAACGAGCACAAGCCGCCCCCCUCCACCCCCAAGGUGCAGUACAGCGCCCAGCCCCACCUGUACGACGCUGCCUCGCGGAAGCCUGGGGCUGGGAGCCGGGAGGCUGCCUUGAAACCUGCUGCCCAGCCUCCGGCAAACUCUGCAGCCACCCAGCCCGAGAUUCAGCGAAUCCUGCGCAUCAUGGGGGAGGCGGACCAGCUGGAGCAAGAGGUGGAUGAAUUCAUAGGAAAAAAGACAGAUAAAUCCUACCGGCUUCUGGAGGAGAUGCUGACCAAGCUGCUGUUUGAAAUGGAUUCCACC